GCUGCGACAAGCGGUGGACGGUGAUUAACGGUGAACUUAAUAUUUAUCUGCGACCGUCCAUGUAAACAGUACAAAUAUAUGUUUGAAACAUGAAGACGUUUGUUUUGUUGUGCUCAGUGAUUUCGAUAGUGAGCCCCAAAAUAAUUGAUUUAUCGUCCAGCAAAAAUGUUUCGUGGAGUUUUGUGAAUAAUAACAGAACUAUCACGGGUAAGGCGACGGUGCCGGGCGGUAUUUACUCUGACUUGCAUUCCGCUGGUAUUAUUGGAGACAUCCUGUCGGAAGACAAUGAUGUGCGCACGCGUUGGGUCGCUUAUGACGUAUGGUCGUACACAGCCAAGUUUAAUAUUUCAAGCAAAGACUUGCAGGCCAAAGUUAUACAUUUGGUGUUCGAGGGGUUGGAUACAUCGGGUUUCAUAACACUCAAUAAACACAUACCAAUUGGCUCUUUCAAUAAUAUGUUCGUGCGAUACGUUUUUGAUAUUAAAGAUAAACUGCAGGAAGGUGAGAACGAGUUGUAUGUGUCAUUCCUGUCGCCGGUGGUGGCAGCGCUGAUUCGCUCUAACAAAGUGUUCGCGGCACCUGACUGCGUACCCGCGGUGUACAACGGAGAGUGUCACGCUAACCAGCUCAGGAAGAUGCAAGCUUCCUUUGGAUGGGAUUGGGGACCUGCUUUUCCUUCAGUUGGAAUUUGGAGGCCAGUUUACAUCGAACUAUACAAUGGCGCGAUAAUAAGAUCAGUUACAACUCACAUCACCAAAGUAGGUUCGAAGUGGGACUUGCGAUUAAAAGUAUACUUGGAGUCGAGUCAGAACAGAACUUUGUUAGCUGGAGUACUGAGCGCUUCGUUACAAGUCGAAGGUAAACAAACGCUGAGGAAGUGGACGCAAGUCAAUGCAACGACCGCGGCUGACGGAACAUUAGUUGUAGAGCUCAGUCUUAACGUCAGCGACAAUGUAGUCAGGCUUUGGUGGCCAAAUGGAUAUGGAGAACAGCCUCUGUAUAAGUUGAAGUUACAAUUUACUUCGGAUUCCGAUAUGGACAAUCCGUCUUAUAAAACAAUCAAUGUGGGAUUCCGAACUGUCGAGUUGGUUGAGUCUGACGCAUCUGAAAUAUUAGGCAACGGAACCGCCGGGCGUGGUCUAACAUUCUAUUUUAAGGUCAACGACCACCCACUCUUUAUGAAGGGUUCUAACUGGAUACCAUCAAAUAUUCUUCCUGAAUUAGGAGAAAGUCAAAAGAAUGUUGUGGACAACCUGUUAAAGGCUGCUCGUGAUGUGAACAUGGCGAUGCUACGUGUGUGGGGCGGCGGCGUCUAUGAGUCUGACUACUUCUAUGACAAGUGCGAUGAACUCGGAAUACUUAUUUGGCAAGACUUCCUCUUCGCUUGCUCCAUGUAUCCCACUGAUAAUUAUUUUAUUAGCUCGGUGCGAGAGGAAAUUGAACAGAACGUAUUGCGUCUCCAGCACCAUCCAUCGAUAGCCGUCUGGGCUGGGAACAAUGAAAACGAAGUAGCACUAAGAGGCAACUGGUAUGACACCUACCCCUUAUUUGAUAAAUAUAAAACUGAAUACAUUAAACUGUACGUGGAUACAAUCAAACCGAUUGUCGAAGACUUGGACCCUGGGAGGCGUUACUUAGUUUCCAGCCCAUCGAAUGGUCGAGAGUCUGAACGAGAGAACUACAUAGCAACAAAUCCGUAUGACCCACAUUACGGAGACACGCACUACUACAACUAUUUCGCCGACAACUGGGACAUGGAUACUUACCCCAAAACGAGGUUUGCAUCCGAAUAUGGCUUCCAAUCAAUGCCAUCGCUGAAAACUAUGAGAACAGCGACAAAUAAGGACGAAGAUUUCCACGUGCGUAGUAAAUACUCUGAACAUAGACAACAUAGUCCAAACGGCUAUAGUUAUAUCGAAGCGCAAAUUACUAGGCGUAUGAAAUUAAAAGAAGACGAUCCAAAGUAUUUCGAAAAGUUCGUGUUUUAUAGCCAGAUAUCUCAAGCGAUGGCAAUAAAGACCGAGACAGAACUGUACCGACAAGAUCAAGCCAAUUGGUAUACAAUGGGCGCACUUUACUGGCAACUGAACGAUGUUUGGCAAGCGCCCUCGUGGUCUGGAAUCGAAUACGGCGGCAAAUGGAAGAUGUUGCACUACUUUGCCAAAUCGUUCUUCGCGCCUGUUCUCGUAUCACCCCGUUUGUGUUCUGGGGACGACAUCGAAGUGUACCUCAUAAACGAUAGAUUUGUACCGAUAACAGAUGCCUGGAUCACUGUAGACAUAUACAAUUGGAAAAGCGUAGGCCCAAUUAGCACCAGACAAUUUCCUGCACAAGCCAACCCACUGAGCUCAAAAUUACAAGAGAAUGCAGACGUUCAUUUAAGGGACUACAAUAAGGAAGAAGUAUUUGUCAGGUUCACUUUGCAAGCGCAGGGUGUGAAGUCACCGCCGAACUAUAUAUUCCCCGUGGCUUUGAAAUCAGUAGUGGGUUUGCAGACGCCCAAUAUUCAGAUACUUGUGUCAAACUUAGUAACACGUCGAAACCACGAUCGUCUGGAAUAUGCUGUAAAUAUAAGAGUUGAUACUGUUGUACCAUUCCUAUGGUUAGAUACCGAUAUUGAAGGUCGGUUUGAAGAAAACGGACUCAUUGUUACGGAACCGCAAAGCGUCGUAAAAUUCUUGUGCAACAAACACGUGUCACCGAGGGUCCUACAGAAAUCUAUAACACAUCAAUAUUACGUAAACUGAUGUUCUGAAUAAAUAUUCACAAAUACACGGAACACAAA